CCAGUAGACAAUUUCACCUAAGUGCGUUGUGUCUUGACUUGAGCAACCGGAAAGCAACUCCCGGAAGCUUCCUGUCUCCCCAUUCGAUUUAGUUUCAAAUGUUACCUGCCUUCCAGUUGAUCCGAGGUCUAAGAUCACCUUAUCCUCGAACUUUCCACAACCGAAUCGCUGCUCGCAAUCCACCGCACCUCUCUUCAGCAGAGACCAACUGCCCGACGCGCCCGCAACCGAAGGUACACAUACCGAAGCCAUGGCCGUCUUCCAAAGCCGCAAAUUCCGCGGCUCGGCCUACGCCAACACGUUCGGCGCGCGGUACCGCGCCGCGAUGGCCAAGCACCCGUUUCUGCUGUUCGGCCUGCCCUUCAUGAGCGUCAUCGUGGCGGCAUCCUUCGUGCUCACGCCUGCGACGGCCGUCCGGUACGAGCGACACGACCGCAAGGUCCGGCAGAUGACGCGCGAGGAGGAAUUGGGUGUGGGCAAGGGGGGGAGGAAGGUGGAUAUCCGAGAGGAGUACUACAGGCUUGCCGCAAAGGACCUCGACAAUUGGGAGCAAAAGAGAGUCAAGAGGUUACCUGGUGAGAAUGAUGGUGUGUUAUAAGCACCAACUCGGGAAACGACUCGAAAGGCUAUGCCGGAAACAGGGCUGGCAUCUGAGUCACGCUCCUCUCGCGAAUCCGGAGUCAACAUUACGAUCCUUGUUAUCCACGCGUACCAACACACUCGAUUCCUACGAAGUUGACGACGCGGCCCCAGUUCUGAGGUCGCCCGCCAUUCGUUACUGUCACGACUGGUGACGGCAAAGAGAGGCU